UCUCCUCAGAGUGCAGGACCAGCGUGUCUCCUGACGACUACCCACCUCUGGAAGUACGAUAUCCCUGGCACGAUCUGUUCUUUGGCAGCAUAUUUCCACUGGCAUGUGUCAAGGAUAGAAAUGGAUCCUGAAGGUUCACGCAUCCAAGAUGAUCCAGAUGUGAAGGUGAUGAUGGCAGGGUCUACUCUGAGGAAAGUCAAGUCUCGAUCCUGGAAGAAACAACGGCAUUUCCGCCUUCUGGAGGACGGCCUGACAAUCUGGUACAAGUCCAGAUGGGCCGGCAGAGGUCACUCCACCUUCUCAGUGACGGAGUUGGAGGUUGUGCGCGAGGGCCAUCAGUCGGAGGUCCUGCUGAGCAUCGCUGAGGAGUUCCCUGCUGACCUCUGCUUUACCUUGGUGUUUCACGGUCGCCAAGGCAACCUGGACCUCGUGGCCGACACCCCAGAGGAGGCCCAGGCCUGGAUUCGGGGAGUGCGCAAGCUGAUCCAUAAAGCUCAGACAAUGGGUGAGAAGGAGAGGCUGGACCAGUGGGUCUGGGACUGGUUUCAGAAAGCUGACAAGAACAAAGACGGGAAGAUGACCUUUAAAGAAGUGAAGAAGCUGCUGAAGAUGAUGAACGUAGACAUGAAUGAAGAGCAUGCUCUCCAUCUCUUCACGAUGGCUGACAAGUCAGAAAGUGGCUCUUUGGAAAUCGAGCAGUUUGUCUGCUUCUAUAAGAUGCUGACUCAGAGGGAUGAAGUGUGGAAGGUGUUCCAGGACUACUCCGGAGAUGGAGAGAAGCUGAUGUUGGAAGAGCUGGAGAGCUUCCUGAGGAUGGAACAACAUGAGGGAGAGCAGAGCGCCCGCCACGCCAAGGAGCUCAUCGACCGCUAUGAACCUUCUGAGACGGCCAUGAAGCAAGGCGCCAUGUCCUUAGAUGGCUUCCAGAUGUACCUGUGCUCACAGGAGGGCUCCAUAUUUAAUCCAGAGCAUCGGAAUCUUCACCAGGACAUGAGCCAGCCGCUCAGCCACUACUUCAUCUCCUCCUCGCACAACACCUACCUCCUGGAGGACCAGCUGCGAGGGCAGAGCAGCUUGGAGGCGUACAUCCAGGCCCUGAAGAGAGGCUGCCGCUGUGUAGAGGUGGACUGCUGGGAUGGCAGCGAUGGGGAGCCUGUUGUAUAUCACGGCCACACUCUGACUUCAAAAAUCCUUUUCAAAGAUGUUGUUUCAACGGUCAAAGACUACGCCUUCAAGGCGUCGGACUUCCCCGUCAUCCUGUCUCUGGAGAACCACUGUGGCGUGGAGCAGCAGACCGUCAUGGCUCGACACCUCAGCCAAAUCCUGGGCGACACGCUGCUGACCACCCUGCUGGAUGGACAGGUCCCUCAACAGCUCCCUUCUCCACAGGAACUGAAGGGAAAGAUUUUGCUGAAAGCCAAGAAGAUUGGUGGUCUUGAAAAGUGUCUCGAUGAAACCCUGACAGAUGAAGUAAGCGAUGACGAGGAGAUGGCCAACGGUGAUGGCGACAGCCCCUGCACAGAAGAUCCACCUGCUGAGAACAAGAAGGACAAGAAAUCCAAACUGUCCCGGGAGCUGUCAGACCUGGUGGUUUACUGCAAAAGCGUGCAUUUUCAUGGCUUUGAGCACGCUCGGUCUCACGCCAAAUGCUACGAGAUGUCUUCAUUCUCUGAAUCCAAGGCCAAGAAGCUCGCUAAGGAAGCAGGGACAGACUUUGUUCAGUACAACGCACGGCAGCUGAGCAGGAUCUACCCCAGCGGCCUCAGGACCGACUCCUCCAACUACAACCCGCAGGAGAUGUGGACCGUGGGCUGUCAGAUCGUGGCUCUGAACUUCCAGACAGCCGGUCUGGAAAUGGAUCUGAACGACGGGCUGUUCAGGCAGAACGGCUGCUGCGGUUUCGUCCUCAAGCCAGACUUCAUGAGAGACGCCAGCUCUCAGUUCAGCUCAGAGAAGCCUGAGGGGCGGCAAGGCUACAAACCGCUUCGCUUAUCCAUACAGGUGAUAAGUGGGCAACAGCUGCCAAAGGUGAACCAGAAAGAGGGCUCUAUUGUGGACCCACUGGUCAGAGUGGAGAUCUAUGGUGUUCCACAGGACCAGGCCAAAGAAGAGACCAGUCACAUUAACAACAAUGGUUUUAACCCAGUGUGGAAUGAAACUCUAAAUUUUGUCAUCCACACUCCCGAGCUGGCGCUGGUUCGCUUUCAGGUGGAGGACUACGACAAGGCGUCCAGGAACGACUUCAUCGGACAGUUCACUCUUCCCUUUACAUGCAUCCAAGCAGGUUACCGUCACAUACAUCUGCUCUCAAAAGAUGGAAUGCUUAUUCCUCCUGCUUCGCUCUUUGUUCACAUCAGCAUUUCAGAGCUUACAUGAGGAAGUUCAGCGUUAGCAUGUGAAGCCAGAGGUGUUCCAUCCAGUGUUUCCAUACACCUGACAAGGGUGGGGCAUCUGCCAGACUAAAGUAAGGUAUCAUUCUAGAAGUCAAGACAGCGAAACAGAAAGCAACAAGUCUGAAAUCAGACUUCUGGAUGAUUUUCAGCAUUAAUCAAACACGAGUCCUCAAUGCAAAUUGAUUUAAUCAGCUAUAUAGAAUCACUAAAGCUGCAGUAGGUAGAAAUAUUGAAAAGGAAGCAAACAAAAAUCAAAAUCUGAAAGUGUACAUCCCUCUCCCUGAAGCUCUUUAUUGUCCCCCAGAGACUGUACAAAGGUUACAUAAUGCUUCAUAAAAGAUUGAGGUAGCCUCCAGCUUGGAAAGGGAAACCAAUGUGGAAGUGCCUUACACUGGCAUUCUUUCUAACAGCCAGCAGGGGGCGACUCCUCUGUUUGCAAAAAGAAGUCUGACUAUAUAGAAAUGACCCUACAUCUCAUUGGAUUUAUCACCUUACUAAACAUUCCCCCAACAAGUUUACGCUCUUAAUUGCUGGAUUAAAGUCUCUUUAAAACUG